CUCCCGGCCCCUCUACUCCUCCUCAACAGACCCCCCUUCAGGGACUCCCAGCUCCCGGGCUCCCAGGGUGCCGCCGAGCGCGGAGUCCGGAGGCAUCCCAGGGAGGGGGGAUCCUAGGCAGGGCCGGGCUGGGGAAGACGCCUGGGGCACUACGCGGUGCUAACAAAAGGAACCAGCUGCCUACCGGCUGGGGCGCAGAGCGGGCGGAGCUACCGCAGCUUCCGCGGCUGAGAACGCAGCGAGCAGUGUAGAGUGAAUUGUGCUGAGAUCUGCAGGGAGCAGCCCAGAGAGAAGCAGUGAAGUAGACUGCAGCUGAGAUGAACUGGCCCACGUGAGCCUGCCCAAGCCCAGGGCAAGGCCUGUGUCCCAUCGCUGAGAUGGUGUUUGAUCAUCCUGAGAAGAACGAGCCUUGGCCUCCAGACCCAGUAAAAUAGACAUCCAUGGAGAACAGUGCUCGUUCCUGAGGGCCAGGAGGGCUUGCAGCCCAGGAGGAUUAGCUGGAAGCAGGCAUAUUUUCCUGCUCAGAACAGCACGGUUUCCUCGAACACGUCUUUCAUUAUGACUCGCACCAGCUUGAAGAAAAAAUUCUUCAGCUGCUGUGUGCUCAUCUUUCUCCUGUUUGCGAUCAUCUGUGUGUGGAAGGAAAAGAAGAAAGGGAAUUUCUAUGAGUUCCUUAAACUGCAGAACAAGGAAUUCCAGCUGUUGCAGGGCCUGGAGAAGCUGGCUGUGAGCUCUAGUUCCCAACCUGUGUCCUCGAGCAGCACCCACAACCCCCAGAGGAGCAGCCAGGCACUCGGUGGCCCCAAGGCCAAGUUGGAGACUACCUUCCAGGUGUGGGACAAGGACAGCUCCUCCAAAAACCUUAUCCCCAGGCUGCAAACCAUCCGGAAGAAUUAUCUGAGCAUGAACAAGUACAAAGUGACGUACAAGGGGCCAGGGCCCGGGGUCAAGUUCAGUGCAGAGGCCCUGCUGUGCCACCUCCGGGACCACGUGAACAUUUCGAUGAUAGAGACCACAGAUUUUCCCUUCAACACCUCUGACUGGGAGGGCUACCUGCCUCAGGAGAACAUUAGGACCAAGGCGGGGCCGUGGGGCAGGUGUGCUGUUGUCUCUUCAGCAGGAUCUCUGAAGUCCUCCCGGCUGGGUCGAGAAAUAGAUGAUCACGAUGCAGUCCUGAGGUUUAAUGGGGCACCCACAGUCAAAUUCCAACAAGACGUGGGCACGAAAACCACCAUCCGUCUGGUAAACUCUCAGUUGGUCACCACAGAAGCGGGCUUCCUCAAAGACAGUUUGUACAAUGAAGGAAUCCUAAUUGUAUGGGACCCAUCUAUUUACCAUUCAGAUAUCCCAAAGUGGUACAGGAAUCCCGACUACAGUUUCUUCAAUAACUUCAAGAGCUAUCGUAAGCUGCAUCCUGAUCAGCCCUUUUACAUCCUCAAGCCACAGAUGCCUUGGGAGCUGUGGGACAUCAUUCAGGAAAUCUCCUCGGAGCAGAUCCAGCCAAACCCCCCAUCCUCUGGGAUGCUCGGCAUCGUCAUCAUGAUGUCGCUGUGUGACCAGGUGGAUAUUUACGAGUUCCUCCCAUCCAAGCGCAAGACUGACGUGUGCUACUACUAUCAGAAGUACUUCGACAGUGCCUGCACAAUGGGUGCCUACCACCCACUCCUCUUUGAGAAGAACAUGGUGAAGCACCUCAACCUCGGCACGGACGAGGACAUCUACUUGCUUGGAAAAGCCACGCUGCCUGGCUUCCGGACAAUUCGCUGUGGAGCAUAAGCUCCCCAGCCAGGCCCCCUCACCCUUGUCCAUUGGCAUUUUACAGCCGGUCUUCUGGCCACCCCAGGCCUGGGAAGGAAGACUGUGUUCUUGAAUAAUCACAGCCCACACUCCAGGCAGCAAGAGCCCUGGGGCUUCAGAAACUCAAGGGCAGGGCCCCCAGCCCAGCCUGCCCUGUUGUCACGGGGGUGUGUGAACCCAGAGCCUCCUGUCUCACUCAUGUAUACCCGUUUAGCAUUCCUUCCAGAGAGGGUCCUCCCACCCCCAACCCAGGUAAAUGCAAGAUCCACCUUUCCCACCAGGGCUGCCAAAGCUGGUCUGCUUUCCCCACCAGAAUGAUGUUGUUGCGAACCAGGGAAACAGGGAAAAAGGUACAGUCUCCAUCCUCAAGUUACAUAUAGAUCAGUGCAAGGGACCAGAUGGAUUCAGUGUGCUUGAUGCACUGGGGCUUGUGGGUGUGGGCUUGCUGUGUGGCUGUUUUUGCACCCAGGAGGGACCACACUCUGCGUGUCAGUGGGUCAUAGAGGGCUUCACAGAGCUGGGGGCUGUGCAGUGGAUUUUAGGAGAGGAGAAACAUGUUAAGCAGAUUUUGUCUAAGUCAUCUGAGAUGUGUUUUCCUAUCUGCCUUUAUUACCUGUAUUUAAGAUCUGCCUAAGUUUACAGGCCAAGGCACUUUUUGAGGAAACCCCCUCCUCAUGUCUGAGGCAUCAACUGAAGCCCCAUACAGAUGCCAGGCAAGCCAGAUGCCAAAAUCCUGAUUUCCCCAGGCUCACCUGGCCUGAGCCUAGCCUAGCCUACCAGCUGGGUGUGCACAGCCUAUCCAACUCUUCCUUUUUGAUGCCUACCCCCAAACCUCCUCCUGCCAUCCUGUUUUUCCCUUUAAUCUUCCCCCUUCCAAAUUACUUUCAUGCAUUUUCCAUUUUAAAAUUUCCUUUUCUUUCUUUUUUUUACCUUCAUGGGCCUUUUGUGAAAGGCCUCUCAGGGAGUGGGAACAUGGUUUCCUAAGACUUAGGAGUCGUUCUCAGAGGUCAGAAUCUAGGAGAUCAUGACUAAUUCUCACCAGGUGUAUCAAAGUGCUGUGCCCUCAUCCCCAUCUGCAAGGGAGCAACAUCAAAGUCUCCAGACAGAGGUCUGUCUGCUGUGGUCUGUCCACACAGACAUUUUGGACUAUUGUGCUAAGUCCCCUACCCUGAUGGGGAGCCACACUAGACUGGACCAGGCUUCUGGACUCCUGAGCUAGCCCCAUGUGCUCACGGGUCUUGAGUGUUGGAGGUCCAGAAAAGCUGUUGUGGAACUGGAGUACUCAUUCAUGGUCAAACCGCUGGCUUGUGCAGGCAGUAGAAAGAGCUCUGGAGUGAGAAGCCCUGGGUUUUCAAAGUGAUGCUCCCCUAUUACUUGCUAUGCCACCAUGGGCAAAUUCUCCUCUCUGAGCCUAUUUCCACAUCUGUAGAAUGGGUGGUGAGCCUGCCUCACAGGUGCCAUGAGGGUUACCUGGGAGAAGGCAGGUGCUCAGUGCAUGCUGGAUUCCUCCCUUCCUUUACUAAGAUCCUGCCCUGUGCCCACACCUGGCAGCAUCCUACUGUGAAGCAGGCCAGAGAGUGGGCUUUGUUCUCAGGGAAUGUAAUGUCUAUUGGGAGACAAUAAUACCUACCCUGCUUGGAACACCCUGGCAACCAUCUGAGGGAGUGGAGUGUGCAGAACGUGUCCCUGCUCAGGCCUGAUCCACUCUGGGAUGGGCAGAGCACUUGGGCCACUGGCCGCUGUGACCCUGGGCUUUUCCCACAUCUCUGGGCUCAAGAAUUCCUGGCAGUCAUUGAAUCAUGAGCAUGGAGUGCAGAGGGAGGUGGCAUUCCAUUGCCAGGAGAGAUAUGUUGAUGUGGACACUGAGACUACACUGGGUAGAUGCUAGCUUUUAUGUGUUAAUAAUCAAGUUAAUUUAAUUGUGCUUUCUCAACCUGGAAACGGGUAGAAUGCAAAUAAGAUGUGGAUACUCUCGUUAGUCUGAUUAAAUGUUUUAUAUUUGUGACAGGCAAUUUAAAAAUUAUGACUGUGUCCUGUAGGAAAGCCACUGUCUCUAAGCUGUUCUGUUUUAUUCACUAGCCAUCUGUUCAUUCUAUAUCAUGAAGUCCUCAAAUCUUUCCAUCUCAAUCAAAUAAGCUAUUGAUAUUGGCCUGGAGUUGAGACGUCAAUCUCAGAAACUUCUGAAUCAUGUCCUAAGCUAUUUCUGAAUUAUCCAAAGAUUAUGUAAAAUUUUAAAAUAAAUGAUUGUUCAAAAAUUGUA